AUCAAACUAGUGACAAUAUUUUAAAGUUGUUUACGUCGUUAAUAGUAUAAAUUAGGUUCGUAUUCGUAGUUAGUUAGUUAGUUUUUAGCCUUCGGGCUUAAGGAUCAAAAGUCGCGGACGGUCUUUCAAACAUUUGGUAGCAGAGGGUAGUUUUUGCCGUGGACAAACUUGGACAGAGGAAGGCCAAUUGACGAGAAGCAUGACUUCAAACGCAGGUGAAGAAGGAAGGACAGAAGAUGGAAUCGGAAGAGGGGAAGACGUGGAAGAUUUGGAAGAAAAAUUGGAAAGCUUGAAGCAAGAAAAAGCAAAAGCAAAGUCGGCGUUCACACGUGCAAGAAAGCAGUUGUUGGAACUGGUGGAAGAAAUGGAUCUACCAAACAGACAUCAGGUUCGAGAUGGGCAAACGAAAUUGGACAGCACACAAGAAAGGGCACUGAAGAUCAUGAUCGCACUGUCAGAGCACUAUCAAUGGCAGAAGAACGGAACAGCAAGACAAAAAGUUACUCAGGAAAUGGAGCAAUUGGUGCAAGAAUUCGAAGAGACCCACAACAGAGUACAGGAGUAUCUGGAUGAACGAAGAGAUUCAGAAUCAAGUAAGACAGCGGGAUCUUACAACCCACGAGAGGAUCGAAAGGAAGCGAAAUUUGAUUCUUCUCAAUUUCACAACAAUUCUGAGCGACAAGAGCUUCAGCACAAGUCAACCAAUGUCGGUGUUGGCGCGAAAAGAAGUCAGUUUCCAAUGACCCCGGAGGAACAUUCACAGCAACUGCAACAGUCAGUCAGAUUUGGUGGUGAUCACAGACGAUCUGAGCGAUAUUCACACGAAGAGUCACUUGGUCAGGACAUGUGGCGACAGCUGCAGCGUGUUGCGAUUCCCGUUUUCUCUGGUGACAAGCGAAAGUAUGAGAACUGGAAAGCUGCAUUUCUGGCUUGCAUUGACAGAGCUCCUGCGACUCCUGAAUACAAGCUGCUGCAGUUGAGGCAAUAUCUAUCUGGCGUUGCACUGGAAGCGAUCGAGAAUCUUGGCUUUUCUGGAGCUGCAUAUGAAGCUGCAAAGGACAGGUUAGAGCGAAAAUUUGGUGGCAAGAGGAGGGAAAUCGCAAUUCACUUGGAGGACAUGGAUAAUUUCAAACCAGUGAGAGAUGGAUGUUCAAAAGACAUAGAGAAGUUUGCAGAUCUACUUGAUGUUCUGGUGGUGAAUCUACUGGAGAGUGGACGUCACGAUGAAUUGGGAAAUGGAUCUCUCUACAUCAAGCUACUGAAGAAACUUCCAGAAACACUGCUGACGCAGUACAAUCGAUGGAUCUUUGAGAAUCGAAGAAGAGAAUGCGUUGAAACACUGAAGAUGUGGGUGAUUCAAGAGUCUGAAUUCUACACAGUUGCAAGAGAGACAGUGCAUGGUGUAUCAAGCGAAAGAAGAAACAGUAGAUCAAGAAACUUAGCAGGAGAGAAGAAAACCACAUUCUUUGGUGCUACUGAAGAAUUAACACAAGUGAAUCGUUUUCAAGUUGGUAGAUCAGGUGUCACUGGUGGGAAAUACGGUAAGCAGCGACUGUGCAAAGUGUGCAAUGGUAGACAUGGUGUAUGGGCAUGUGAUGCUUUUCGAAACAUGGACAUUCGACAGCGAUGGAAUGUGGCAAAGCAUUUCAAAUUGUGUUUUCGGUGCCUUGGUGAUGACCACAGUGGUAGUAAAUGUACUCGAAGUAGAGUGUGUGGUAUUCGUGGAUGUCAGGAAACACACAACAAGUUGCUGCAUAGCAUGGGUAACAGGAUCACUGGAAAGCAAAACAGCAAUAAAACAAGGACACCAGAAGCCUUCAAUCAGCAAUCAGUCAGCAGUAGCAGUCAGCAACAGUUGUCAUCGUCAGUCACGGAGGGGGAGCGUUUGCAGAGGAAUUUUGCAACACAAACAACGAUGGUGUGCUCAAAAUCAGAUGUCAAAGGAGCAACAGCAUUGAGAACCAUUCCGGUUGUUUUGAAAAAUGGCUGUCGAAGAUUGAAAUUGAACGCACUUCUUGAUGAUGCCAGCACUCAAACGUAUGUGAAUGAAGAUGUUGCAGCAGAACUGGGACUCAAUGGUACCUUUGAAACAAUAAAGGUCAAUGUUUUGAAUGGAGAUUGCAAGUCUUUUCAAACCAUGCCUGUCGAGUUUGGACUUGAAAGUGUAAGUGGUGAUGUUGACAUCAGAGUAAAAGCACUUACUGCAAAGAGAGUAACUGGAAACAUGAAGGUCAUCCAAUGGUCACAUCUAGCAGACAAAUGGCCUCAUUUGAAGCACAUUGAUUUUCCAGACACCGGUUUGAGACCUAUCGUGGAUUUGCUGAUUGGUAUUGACUACCUUGACAUGCACUAUUCUUACGAAGAAGUCAGGGGACAAGAAGGAGAGCCCAUUGCCAGACGAACGCCAUUGGGGUGGACAUGCGUAGGAUGUCCAGAAGGCAAGAAGAUCCCUGAUACCCAUUUCAGCAAGACGACUUUGUUUACUACAAGCAGAUCUGAUGUCGAUGAAAUCAACUCAACAAUGAAGAAGUUUUGGGAUAUCGAGUCAGCUGGAACGUUCACCCAGACAACAGUGGUGAGUCCUGAUGAGAAGGCUGCAUUGGAAAAAGCUGAGAAUUCUUUCAGGUUCAUUGAUGGUCGAUAUGAAGUUGGAGUACCAUGGAAAGAAGAUAGUUAUAGAAUGGUGAACAAUCACAAAAUGGCAAUGAAAAGACUUCAGAACACCGAGAAACGUUUGCUCAAGAACCCAGAUGUGAUGAAGGCAUACGAUGAAGUCAUUGAUCAAUAUUUGGACAAAGGAUACAUACGAAAGGUUCCAGUCUCUGAGAAGCAACCUGACAGCAAGUGGUAUCUUCCUCAUUUUGCUAUAUUGAAACCCAACAAAGCGACCACCAAGAUCAGAAUCGUCUUUGAUGCUUCAGCAAAGUAUGAAGGGACAUCCUUGAAUGACAUGAUACAUUCAGGCCCGAAGCUGCAACGAGAAUUGUUUGAUGUUUUGCUACGCUUUAGAUGUCAUCCCGUCGCUGUUGUCUGUGACAUUGCUGAGAUGUAUUUGAGGAUUCAGAUUCCAGAAGCUGACCGUGUGUAUCAUCGAUUUCUUUGGAGAAGAUGUGACCAGGACAGAGAUCCAGAGGAGUAUGAAUUCAGCCGAGUGGUGUUUGGUAUAACAAGUUCACCGUUUCAAGCACAGUUUGUGAUUCAAAAGCAUGCUCAGUUGUACAGAUCAGAAUAUCCGAUGGCUUCAGAAACUGCACUCAAGUCAACCUACAUGGAUGACAGCAUUGAUUCAAAGUUCUCUCUGUAA